UGAGUUGCUAGAGCGGUUGUGUGCAGAGAAUCCGCUUCUUCCGUAUCCAGCUCUCGCUACCCACACUUGUGGAGACGUGCUGCUAAAAAAUGAACUUGCCAACUCUGCCGACUGCUAGUGUGUUCUACAGAAGAGUCCUGGCCCAGUUCCCCCAAGAUAUUAGCCUAGCCUUCGCUUAUGGCUCGGGCGUGUUCCGGCAGUCUGGAACCACACAGGGACAGAUGGGGAGUAACAUGCUGGAUUUCGUGUUGGCUGUGGAUGACCCCCACACUUGGCACACAUUGAACCUGAAGCAAAAUCGGCAGCAUUAUUCAUUCGUACGGUUCAUGGGUCCCAGUCUAAUCAGUAGGAUUCAGAACAGCCAUGGAGCAGAAGUCUACUACAAUACGCUGGUACCAUAUGAUGGAAGGAUGAUCAAGUAUGGUGUUAUUAGCACUGCUGCCUUGAUUGAAGACCUUUUGCACUGGAAGACACUGUAUGUUGCUGGGAGGCUACAUAAACCUGUUAAAAUAUUGAUACAGAAUGAGAACACAAAACUUCAGGCUGCGCUAGUGUCCAAUUUGAAGAGUGCAGUCACAGCAGCUUUCCUCAUGCUUCCAGAAAGCGUCUCUGAAGAGGACUUGUUUGUCCAAAUCACAGGACUCUCAUAUUCUGGAGAUUUCCGAAUGUUAAUAGGUGAAGAUAAAUCCAAAGUUCUGAAUAUUGUCAAGGCAGGGAUGCCCCAUUUCCAGAAGUUGUAUGGGUCCAUUCUUCAGGAGUGUCCCCAAGUUGUAUACAAGCAAGCUCAAGGGCGUUUAGAGGUAGAUAAAAGCCCAGAAGGUCAGUUCACUCAGUUGAUGGCUUUGCCCCGAACUCUUCAGCAGAAAAUUACUGAGCUUGUGGAUCCCCCUGGAAAAAACAGGGAUGUGGAAGAUAUUUUGCUGCAGGUAGCCCAGGAUCCAGACUGUGGCAUGGUUGUACAGCAAGGUGUGUCAGCCAUAGUUUGGUCAUCCAGCCUAAUUCAGAGUGCCAAAGGCAUUUUAACUGCAGGUGUGAUUAAAUCCACAGCUUACAGUCUAAAGAAACUUCAGAAAAUGUGGAAAGGAUUACUAAGAAAGCAAAACACCUUUGAUGCUUAACUCACCACCCCUUUUUAAAACAUAUGUUAUGGAAGCAGUGUUUAAAUGUGCAGUAGCACUCCCUCAGAAAGUAACUUGGGUGCAGAGUUUCCCCUUUUAUAAAUCAUUCAGUUUCCUCCUUCAGGGAAUGUAGGGAGGCAGGCUGUUUUACACAUUUCCUUUGUCCAAAUGAAUAACGGGUGUUCCUGUGCUGUUUCAUUGCUUCCAAUCCCACGCCUUUUUUGUUCCAUUCAGAAUACUUCUUUUCCUUUCUUAAUACGAAGUGUGUAUUUUGGAUAAUAUUUCUGGGGGAUGGGAUCUUUACUUUUCUUUGUUAUUAUGGAAGGACUAAUUCCAGUUGGCAAGGAAUGAGUCUGACUGUAGUACUAAAUAACAUGAACCUGAGGAGAAAACCACAUUUUACAGUACAGUAUUUAUCUUGAAAUUGUGUUGUUGGAUUGAGGCAGAAACUGAGAAUUUCUUUCCUACAGAAAUUUACCAAACUGUGGCUCUCAGUUUUCCUGCUUAUAGAAGCUUCCUCUACAGAAGUAAACAAGUGAGUCGGCACUGGUUGCUUAAAGCCAGGCCUUUCAAAUCUAAGUGUAGCAGCGUGUUUGACCUUGAUGAGCAUUUUAAAAUCAAACUGCUCAAAAGCAAAUACUUAGGAAACAACACUCUUGGCAGGCCUGCAUCAGUGAUGACCUAUAAGCCAUUUUAGCUAAAUUUUAGACAUCCUGAAUAAUUCAUUUGAAAUCUUUGUAGCACAUUUCCUUACAAAUGAACUAAUUUUGAUUAUUAUUUUUGUAUUAAUGGGAAGAAAUGUCUAGUUAUGUUUCCAUAUAUUUUCAUUUGAAAACCAGUCUCUACAUUGUCUAAUUUGUCAAAUGCAACAUUGGCAGCCUUUUGCACAUACUGAAAAAUACUGAAAAUGCAUGUACUUGGUUGUUGUGCACACAGGCAAAUGUUUUGAACUUGGACUUAUUGCUCAUUAGUGAUUGUCUGCCAUCUAUUCAUUGCUACCAAUCUUCAACUGUUACCCUAAACAUUUUUUAUUUUGGUAUACUGAGUCAUGGGGGAACUGAAGCCUACUUCUAGAGCAUGUUGUGUAAGUGUGCAACUCUAGUCCUUCACUGGUUAUUAUUAUGGACACACCUGCACCAUGUCAAUUUAGUGCUGUCUGGGAACUAAACACAGAAGAAACACUGGAAGAAAA